AUAUCCAAGUAACCCCUUCUCCGUCUGAAAAUUUCUUGCAAGCAUUCAAGAUGAGAGGGAAUAUUGGGUAUUUGGGUCUGAUCAUCUUUGGUCUUUUAGCAUUUAUAAGCUCAACUGAAGCUCAACUGCAGAUGAACUUUUAUGCUAAAAGCUGCCCAAAAGCGGAGAAGAUUGUUUCUGACUUUGUCAAUGAGCACAUCCACAAUGCUCCUUCUUUGACAGCAUCCUUCAUAAGAAUGCACUUCCAUGAUUGUUUUGUCAGGGGCUGUGAUGCAUCUGUGCUUCUGAACUCAUCGUCGGGCGGCGAACAACCCAAAAAGGCUGCUGCUCCAAAUCGAUCGCUAAGAGGCUUCGACUUCAUUGAUAGAGUGAAGAGCUUGCUUGAAGAUGAAUGUCCAGGCGUUGUUUCUUGUGCAGAUAUUAUUACUCUGGUCACUAGGGACUCCAUAGUCGCCACAGGAGGUCCAUCCUGGCAAGUUCCAACUGGUAUAAGAGAUGGAGUAAUAUCAAGAUCCUCAGAGGCCACAGCCAUCCCAGCUCCCUUUGCCAACAUCACCACUCUCCAAACACUGUUUGCCAACCAAGGACUUGAUCUGAAAGACCUUGUCUUGCUCUCGGGGGCACACACAAUUGGGAUGGCCCACUGCUCAACAAUUUCGGACAGAUUGUAUAACUUCAAAUCUAGAUAGUGAAUAUGCUACAAUCUCAAGGCAAGGAAGUGCAGGAGUCCUGAUGACACUACUACUAAGAUUGAGAUGGAUCCUGGGAGUCGCAAGACAUUUGACCUUAGUUAUUACUCACUUCUACUUAAAAGAAGGGGUCUCUUUGAAUCUGAUGCUGCCUUGACCACAAAUUCUGUUAGCCUGUCUUUUAUUAACCAGAUCCUCAAGGGUUCACUACAAGAUUUCUUUGCAGAAUAUGCCAACUCCAUGGAGAAAAUGGGUAGGAUCAAUGUUAAAACUGGGUCUGAUGGUGAGAUUAGGAAGCAUUGUGCAGUGGUUAAUUAAUAGAUAAUUUAUCAUUAGAUUUUUUUAUUGUCUUUUUUUUUUUUUAGUUUAGUGCUUCUUUCUGGGAAAAAAAUAAGGAAUUGAAUGUGUGUAUGUAUUAUUUUGCAGGAAUUUACUUGGUGUGCUUGUAAUAUGAUUGUUUUCCGGUGAAUAAUUCAAGUGUAUUUGUCUCUUUUUUCUUCUGUAAGUUAUUUUCUUCUUUCUGGUCAUUCUCUUAUUUGUAAUCAAAAUCUAUAUUAUGUACAAAAGGUUUUUACAAUCACACUCAUUGGAGUGAUUUUAUCAUUUGCAGCAUUUUUGACGGAAUAGGAGUUAGUUUUAUAUAUAAAUAGAUUUGAUAUUCAUUAAAAUUUAACCAACUCGAUUAUAAAUUUCAUUAUAGGCUGGUUUGAAUUGAAGAAUUCUAAAUUCCAUAUAUUUAGCUAAAAAAUAGAUUUAAAAU